AUGCCUCACAAGUUGAUGGGAGAAAAUGGCUUCAAUUUCACCCAGAAACUUAUUUUUUCUAGCGCAUCUGACCCAGCGGAGAGUAGCCUUAGUUUUGAUACCCCCAGUCCCAACGAGUCUUGUACGACCCCUCUGAGCAAUGGCACUUUAUACUCCAAUGCCAACAGCCCUUCGGACUCAUGCGUUAAACCACUCUGCAAUGCCAGAUCUGAAAGCAAAAUCCCUUACAGCACAGGAAUGAAAUAUGUCUCCUCAGAAGGAGAGGUGCUUGAGUGUGGGUGGGGGACCUUCACUCCGAGUUGUUUACAGUUUUGCAAUACACCAAAGGGGGUCUUGUUCUUCCUCUGCGUCGCUUCUUUCCUGCAAGGAAUGACAGUCAACGGUUUCAUUAAUACGGUCAUCACUUCCAUAGAACGGCGAUUCGACCUGCGGAGUUACGAGAGCGGACUCAUUGCCAGCUCGUACGACAUCGCGGCCUGCGUGUGCUUGACUUUUGUCAGUUACUUUGGGGGAAAUGGCCACAAACCCCGGUGGCUUGGAUGGGGAGUAUUGGUCAUGGGAAUUGGGUCGCUUGUCUUUGCAUUGCCCCAGUUCACCACCAGCCAGUAUGAAGUACAUUUCUCAGAGGAGACGGGCAUGUGCUCCUCCAACCAGAGCGUGCGGUGCUCAGGAAGUGUCUCCAGUCUCUCUAAUUACCGGUUCGUCUUCAUGCUCGGACAGUUUCUACAUGGGAUUGGAGCGACACCUCUUUAUACUCUUGGAGUGACCUAUUUGGAUGAAAAUGUCAAAUCUAACCACUCCCCUGUGUAUAUUGCAAUUUUCUAUACUGCUGCUAUUUUGGGGCCUGCAGCUGGUUAUCUCAUUGGAGGAAUCUUCCUAAAUAUUUACACUGAGAUAGGUAGACGAGUUGAUCUCACACCAGACAACACUCUAUGGGUUGGAGCGUGGUGGAUUGGGUUUCUUGGUGCUGGCGCUGCUUCCCUUUUGAUUGCAAUCCCCAUCUUGGGUUACCCUCACCGCCUGCCAGGAUCCCAGCGCUACAUUGUUAUGAGAGUUUCAGAAACCCAUCAGCUAAAAGAUGGGAGCCACAAAACAGCCUCCGACCCUGAUUUUGGAAAGACUGUGAAAGACCUGCCAAGGUCAGCACUGCUGCUAUUGAAGAACCCAACUUUCAUCUUCCUCUGCUUAGCUGGAGCAACAGAGGCCACCCUCAUUGCGGGGAUGUCUACCUUUGGCCCCAAAUUCCUGGAAUCCCAGUUUAGCUUAAGUGCCUCAGAAGCAGCAACCUUGUUUGGUUACCUGGUGGUUCCUGCAGGAGGAGGAGGCACAUUUCUUGGCGGGUUCAUCGUGAAUAAAUUUAAGCUUCGCUGUUCAGGGAUCAUCAAGUUCUGUCUGUUUUGCACCCUGUCAAGUCUGCUGGCGAUCUUCAUCUUUUUUGUUGACUGCCCCAACAUGCCCAUGGCUGGAGUAACACAGAUGUAUGAUGGAAGCAUCCUGCCAGAAGGCCGCCUCAACCUGUCUUCCCCCUGCAAUACUGAGUGUGAAUGUUUGCGAGAAACAUACAGCCCCAUCUGCGGCAGUGACAAUAUAAUGUAUUACUCCCCUUGCCACGCAGGAUGCAAGAGAGUAUCGUCAAAUCAAAACAGUGGGAAAAAGGUUUACCAAGAAUGCAGCUGCAUUCUGGGGAGCCCUCCCACAGCACCUGGCUCUGCUGCAGCGGGAAAGUGCACCUCGUCUUGCGAGAAAAGAACUCUCCUCUUGCUUUUUGUGUUUGUUGUCAUUAUCUUCACAUUCCUCAGCAGUAUUCCUGCUCUGACUGCUACUUUACGAUGUGUCUCAGACAGGCAGCGAUCAUUUGCUCUGGGAAUCCAGUGGAUUGUAGUGAGGACGCUAGGUGGCAUUCCAGGCCCAAUUGCUUUCGGGUCAAUGAUUGACAAGUCAUGUCUCCUCUGGCAGAACCAGUGUGGUGAACAAGGGUCUUGUUAUGUCUACCAGAACUUUGCCAUGAGCCGGUAUACCUUGAUUGCUGGUCUUAUUUACAAGCUGAUUGGAUCAUUCUUCUUCCUCCUUGCCUAUUUGCUCUACAAACCACCCCCACCAGGUAGCUCCGAUGCCUCCGAAAAUGACAACUGUGACCUCAGAGAGAACAAAUGUCCUCUUCAGUCUCAAGAUGACGUAUAG